CACUCUAGCCACGCCCCCUUCCGGACCAGGUGCCUCCCGGCUGCUGGCUCUAGCCCUUCCUCGCGUGGCCCCGCCCCCGCCCUCGCCCCCUGCCCAGGCCCGGCCCCUGCGGAGACCAGAGACGCGCGGACGCAGGCUCGAGGCGUCUGCCGAACCUCAGCCCAGGAUCUGCCCCUUUGGGAGGUGCGGGCCGCGGCCAGGCUCUGACCUCAACCUGGCACAGAGGCUCCGGCCCUCAGGCAAGAUUCUCCGGCAAGACAGGAACCCAGGAUCCCAGAGUUGAAUAUACUGGGCUUAACCUCUCCCACCGGGAGGCCCAUGAUGGGCUGCUGCAGUGAACUUGGAGACUCAGCACUCCUGGGACUAAUGCUGCAUGGAUGUGGGGUUGCAAGGUGGCUGCUGCAGCUCCAGCCAUCACAUCAAGGCUAGAAGAAGGAGGUGGCUGCUGCUUCUUUCACAGAGGCAAAAGCUUCCCCAUCCCCUGCUGCACCCUGGCUCCUGGCCCACAGCUGGGUGACUUGGGAAAGCAGGGGUGGUGGUAUUAAGCUUGUCUUACCCCGGUCAUGCUGUUAACUGGGGCUGGCACAUUGCUGCUGGGACCAGACUGGAAUUCUGCACACCAGGCAGGGACCGGUCUAGCUGUAGCCACUGCCCCGGACCUGCUGCCCUGGACCUGCUGCCCUGCCCCAUCCCACCCUCUCCGGGCCAGCCUCCCCAGAGUGAAGUCACAGCCUUGCCACCUGUCUUGAUCUCACCACUGUGAAGGCCCCACCUCUCCUGCUGCAGCCCCACAGCAUGCAGCCCCAGGAGAGCCACGUCCACUAUAGUAGGUGGGAGGACGGCAGCAGGGAUGGAGUCAGUCUAGGGGCUGUGUCCAGCACAGAAGAGGCCUCAAGCUGCCGCAGGAUCUCCCAGAAGCUGUGCACGGGCAAGCUGGGCAUCGCCAUGAAAGUGCUGGGCGGCGUGGCCCUCUUCUGGAUCAUCUUCAUCCUGGGCUACCUCACUGGCUACUAUGUGCACAAGUGCAAAUAAAUGCUGCCCCACGUGCAUGCUGGGGGCUGGCUGCACAAGUGAGAGCACAGGCCUGGAGA